GACAUAUCGUCGCCUACGAUAUCGAGGUCGAUCUUGACGUUCCAGCCUGCUACCUCACUCGGCAGGAUGGUCUUUGCUAAUCAGGUCAGGGCGUAUGCUCCGCUCUACCGUCGAUCGGCCAUCGUCACCCUCCAGCUCUUGACCACGCUGCAUCUGAUAUCCACCGACCUCCUCGAGAUUAGGAUGUGCGCCGGUUUCUCCAUGCUGCCCACCUUGUCACACACCGGCGACUUUGUCCUCAUCUCACCCAUCCCCCUCAAGUUCCACAUCACCUCUGCUCAACUGAACGGAACUCCCCGUCCACCGACCUCUGAAUGGGGGAUUCGUCGUGGAGACGUCGUCAUAGCCACCUCCCCUACGGACCCUAGCAAGACGGUGUGUAAACGAAUCUUGGGGAUGGAGGGCGACAUCGUCGAGGUCGACCCGGCGAGGACCAAGGCGAAGCGGGAAGCCAAGGAGCAGAGGAGCAAGAACACCGAGCCCGAUAAGCGGUGGGAAGAGCUCGACGCUGAUCAUCGGAGAGAGAUCAACCGGGUCAACCAGGCUCAGAUCGACGAGGAUGCCAAGCUCGUACCCGUGUUCACGCCGAGAGGCAGGUUGGACAGCGAACACGUACGGAUACCCAAGGGGUACGUCUGGUUGGCAGGGGACAAUGCGAGCAAUUCGACGGAUUCGAGAGCGUACGGGCCGGUACCGAUGGCCAUGCUCAAGGGCAAGGUGUUAGCCAGGGUCUGGCCGAACCCGAAAUGGAUGUCAGGCGACAACUUGAUGAGAGAGGUCGCCGAGACGUCGUGAACAGGAGAAGAGGAGCAAAGAGGCGGACGUUUUGGUCCGGACCGCAGCACAUUCCAACGCAAACAACGUAAAAGCCCCAUUGGAUCAAGAAACCCGAGCAUAACGUGGCACCAGCCUGGCAACAUCGCAGCAUAUAGCAUCAUCAUCAUCAUCAUAGAUCAGAUCCUGAUCAAAUCUACCCUCGCCCGCUCGUACACGCGAUG